CCCGGAAGGAUCUGAAGAGAGCUGGGGCCGGCAGCCAUACCGCUUUGCAGAGCCGGCUCGGAGCUUGGAGCGAGGUCGCGGAGCACGGAGUCACGUUCUCUGGAGUCGCAGACCUGUAAGAUCUGGACAUGUCCUUCAUAUUUGACUGGAUUUACAGUGGUUUCAGCAGUGUGCUGCAGUUUCUAGCUUCAGAAGAACUCACUAUUGCUGGCAUGACUUUUACAACUUUUGAUCUGGGUGGGCACAUCCAAGCCCGAAGAGUAUGGAAAAACUACCUUCCUGCUAUCAAUGGCAUUGUAUUUCUUGUGGAUUGUGCAGACCAUGAAAGGCUGUUAGAAUCAAAAGAAGAACUCGAUUCACUAAUGACAGAUGAAACCAUUGCCAAUGUGCCUAUACUAAUUCUUGGAAAUAAGAUUGACAGACCUGAAGCCAUCAGCGAAGAUAGGUUACGGGAGAUGUUUGGCUUAUACGGGCAGACAACAGGAAAGGGCAGUGUGUCGCUGAAGGAGCUGAACGCCAGGCCUCUGGAAGUGUUCAUGUGCAGUGUGCUGAAAAGGCAAGGCUAUGGAGAAGGCUUUCGCUGGAUGGCGCAGUACAUCGAUUAGCAGCCGGGGUCCUGCCACUCACAUCCAGGCCUCCGAGACCCAUUCCCCGACAUGCAUAACUUGAAUUCAAUAGACUUUGGUUGUUUCAGAAUAGGUGUUUUUUAGAUUAUUAAUAUAUCUACCUGAGUGGGAAUUGAAAACUGAUUCAAGUUUGAAUAUCACAAUGUUAGCUUUCUAAUUCCAUACAGAUAGUUUUUACAGUUUACAGCCCCACAUCAACCCCGUCACCGUUUAUAAAGAUCAGCUUCCCAGUGGUACAUUUGAAGCACUUUUUAACAAUGUGAAACUACAAUAUAAACCAUAUUUAAAAGCUUAUCAUGUGAAACUUUUAUGUACUUUUUGGAAAUAGUUUUUCCAUUUUAGAUUGUCCGCUUACCUUGUGUACAGUUAAAAUCUGCUUAUCAGCGAUUGCAUGAUGCCUUACCAUUUUCAAGACUACUUUUUCUUAUGCAAACGUCAUGCAAUAAAACAAACUCUAGCGUUUGGCU